GGUCGCUGCGGCCGCCGAUGGAGCCACGGGCAGGACGCUUGGCGUGCGAUCGUAUGAGCCUUCGUUGGCCAAUCGUCUCGUUGCCUCGCCCCUGCAGAUCACGUGCCGACAUCCAUAAAAGCGCCCCUCGCCUCCGCAAGCGCCCUGACCAUCAUCGUCCUGGAUCAACCCCCGUCCCCCAGCGCAUCGCAUCUGAUAUACCAUGUCCCAGCCGCGAGAGGCCUUCAUCGUUUCUGCCGUUCGAACUCCCAUCGGCGGCUUCGGCGGAUCCUUGGCAUCUUUCAAUGCCACUCAGCUGGGUUCGAUCGCCAUCAAGGCUGCCCUUGCCCGAUCUAACGUUCCCGCUGACAAAGUCGAUGAGGUGUUCUUCGGAAACGUCCUCUCUGCCAAUAUCGGCCAGAACCCUGCUCGCCAGGCCGCCCUUGGUGCCGGUCUCCCCAACUCGGUUCCGUGCACCACCCUCAACAAAGUUUGUGCCUCGGGUGCGAAAGCCAUCAUUUUCGCUGCCCAGAGCAUUCUUCUCGGCAACGCCGACGUGAUCGUUGCCGGCGGUAUGGAGAGCAUGAGCAACACUCCGUACUAUCUUCCUCAGCAGCGCUGGGGCUCCAAGUACGGCAAUCAGGAAAUCGUCGACGGUAUCCAAAAGGAUGGCCUCUAUGACGUCUAUAACAAGUUCCUGAUGGGCAACGCCGCCGAGAUUCUGGCCAAGGAGCACAACUUUACCCGUGAGCAGCAGGAUGACUAUGCCAUCUCAUCCUAUGAGAGAGCCCAGGCUGCCACCAAGGGCGGUUUGUUCACCGAGGAAAUUGUUCCCGUUGAGAUUCCCGGUGCCCGUGGCAAGCCCGGCAAGACUGUGGUUGCUGACGACGAAGUCUUCAACUUGAACCCCGAGAAACUCAGAGCUGUCAAGCCGGCCUUCGUUACCGACGGUUCCGGCACGGUCACUGCUCCCAACAGCAGCACCCUCUCCGACGGCGCUGCCGCCUUGAUUAUCGCUUCGGGCGAGGCUGUCCAGUCUCUCGGUCUCAAGCCCCUUGCCAAGAUCCUUGGUUGGGGUGACGCCGCUCGAGAGCCCGAGUACUUCACCAUAGCUCCCUCGCUCGCUGUUCCAAAGGCCCUGAAGCAUGCUGGUGUCUCGGCAUCCGAUGUCGAUUUUUACGAGUUCAACGAGGCCUUCUCAGUCGUCGCUCUGGCCAACGCUAAAAUUCUGGGCCUGAGCGCCGAAAACAUCAACGUCAAUGGCGGUGCUGUUGCCAUUGGACAUCCUCUUGGCUGCAGCGGUGCGCGAAUUGUCGUUACCCUGAACAGCGUGCUCAAGCAGAAGGGUGGCAAGAUUGGCGUUGCUGCUAUCUGCAACGGCGGCGGCGGUGCCAGCGCCAUUGUUAUUCAGUCACUCUAAAGAUACAGCGUACCCAUUGUGAACGGGAUACCCUGUUUUGAGUCAGGGCUGCCGUUGUUUUCUGGUCCUGAAUAUACAGACACCGCUACCAUGACCAAACG